UGCUCCUCGAGGCCAGCUGCGUAACCGCUUCUCUCCGAACUUCAGUCGCCAACCGACCAUCGUAGAGAGAGCACGUGCGACCUCCUCUCCUGAGAAUCCUCGUAAAACCCUUAAAUUCCUUCAAAAUGGUGAACCUCGGCGACGUUUUCCCCAACUUCACGGCUGAGAGCACCAUCGGGACUCUCGAUUUCCAUAGUUUCUUGGGAGACAAAUGGGGCAUCCUGUUCUCCCACCCAGCUGACUAUACUCCAGUCUGCACAACAGAGCUGGGAAAGGUAGCCAAGUUGGCUCCUGAAUUCACAAAAAGGAAUUUUAAGAUGCUGGCCAUUUCAUGCGACAAUGUGAACGAUCAUCUUGGCUGGAUUAAGGACAUCCAGGCUUACAACUGCCUCUCAGGAGAUUUCCCCUUCCCUAUUGUAGCGGAUGAGAAGCGUGAAUUGGCUAUCAAGCUCGGCAUGCUUGACCCAGACGAGAAGGAUUCUGCAGGUAUGCCCCUGACAGCCCGCGCCGUCUUCAUCAUUGGACCUGACAAGAAGCUGAAGCUCUCCAUUCUGUACCCUGCCACAACUGGACGUAACUUUGAUGAAGUCCUACGUGUCAUCGAUUCCCUGCAACUGACAGCUGAAAAGAAGGUGGCAACCCCUGCUGACUGGCAGGCUGGUGGAAACUGCAUGGUCUUGCCUACCAUCCCUUCUGCAGAAGCCAAACAACUAUUCCCAGAUCACAAGGUUCAUGAGGUGCCCUCCGGCAAGCAAUAUCUGCGUACCACUCCUUGCCCCAAGUAAAUUUGAGGUCUUGAAAGGUGCUAUUUGGGUGGCCUUUUUCAUUUACUUAAAGAUUUCCUGUAAUCUUUUUGUUAUAAAACUUCUUUAACUUCUCUUUUUUAAGAAUUCAAAAUUUUAUAUGGAAAAAAAAUUGAUUUUGCUUCCAGAACUCAUUUUUUGCACAAAUUGUAUUAAUUAGCUGUUUUGACUUUUGAGGGGUUCUGUACCUGACUUUUGUCACUUGGGUGUUAUUACUUUUGCACCAUAAUAGUGUAGGUUUUUCAUACUUUUUGUAACCAUAGGGUAGAAGAGAAAAAAAAAAGUGGAAAGGCUGUAGAAAGCUAUAAAAGGAAUCAUCGUCUGUCAACAGUAAAAGCAAUUUUUUUUUUUUAAGAUAUUUAGUUUAGUACAUUAUAUUUUUAAAGACCUUUAUUAAAGUUACUUAAUUUUGUUGAUCCAAAGUAUAAAUAUUACUUAACAUUUUCCAUACAAAUGUAAACUUACCACCAGUGCCUGUAUGGAAAACAAAAAUCCAUUCCAUUUUGUUAGACAAGAAAAUUAUAUUUUGUACUACAUUUCUUUAAAAUAAAACACACAAAACAUU